GAGUAAAAAAGUUACUUAAUAUAGAGUACCAUUAUCAAUGUCCGGAUUCAUCUACCCCGAUAUUUGCACGUAAAAAAACCUGCACUUUUCUUUAUAAAAUACCCACUCAUACCCUCAAUUAUCAGUUUAUCAUUCAUCACCACUGCAAAAAAAACAGUAGAGGGAGAAAUUGAGGAGAUCCUAGAGAGAGAAAGCUCCAUUGGAGGAGAAGAGAAGGAUACAGAGAGUGAAAGUGUUGCUGUAUGUCAGUUGUGGAGUACUUUUUUGCUGACGAUUAUUGCAAUUACUAUUAUUAUUACAGUGGAAUAUCUAAUCCUCUUCAAUGGCCACAACUUCGCAAAAAGCGACGUCUUCCUGUUGUGAUUCCACUGAGAUGGCAAAAUCUUCGAUCGUCAAUGAUCCGAAUUCUUCGGCGAUCGGAGAUAGGGUUUCCGAUGAGAGAUCGUCGAAUUUGAUUCGGAAUGUUGAGGUGCUUCCUGAAAGUCAAACUGCUGGUGCGGCUGUAAAAGCCAAAGGGAUUCCAAUUCCAUUAAGGGCUCAGUCAAGCCACCCUUUGGAUCCAUUAUCUGCCACCGAAAUCAAAGUGGCUGUUGCUACCGUCAGGGCUGCUGGAGCAACUCCUGAGGAGAGAGAUGCCAUGCGAUUUAUUGAGGUGGUUUUAUUGGAGCCUGAAAAGCGUGUGAUUGCUAUGGCAGAUGCUUAUUUCUUCCCUCCUUUUCAGCCUUCUUUGCUUCCCAGGACAAAAGGCAAACCUGUUAUACCAUCUAAGCUUCCUCCACGGCAGGCAAGACUUGUGGUUUACAGCAAAAAGUCGAACGAGACUAGUGUAUGGAUUGUUGAGCUCACUGAAGUUCAUGCAACUACAAGAGGGGGCCAUCAUAGGGGCAAAGUCAUUUCUUCCAAAGUUGUUCCUGAUGUGCAGCCUCCGAUGGAUGCUGUAGAAUAUGCUGAAUGUGAAGCUGUUGUAAAGGACUAUCCUCCAUUUCGAGAGGCUAUGAAAAAGAGGGGCAUUGAUGAUAUGGAGCUUGUUAUGGUGGAUGCAUGGUGUGUAGGUUAUCACAGCGAGGCUGAUGCGCCUAGCCGUAGGCUUGCUAAGCCUCUUAUAUUCUGCAGAAAUGAGAGUGAUUGUCCAAUGGAGAAUGGUUAUGCUCGUCCAGUAGAAGGAAUAUAUGUCCUUGUUGAUAUGCAAAAUAUGGUAGUGGUUGAGUUUGAAGACAGGAAAUUUGUUCCGCUCCCACCUGCUGAUCCAUUAAGAAAUUACACUCCUGGUGAAACAAGAGGUGGUGUUGACCGCAGUGAUGUGAAACCAUUACUUAUUCUUCAGCCUGAAGGCCCUAGUUUUCGUGUGAAUGGCCAUUUUGUUGAAUGGCAAAAGUGGAGUUUCCGUGUCGGUUUUACUCCACGGGAAGGUUUGGUCAUACAUUCUGUUGCAUAUGUUGAUGGAAGUAGAGGCCGUCGUGCUGUAGCUCAGAGGUUAAGCUUUGUUGAGAUGGUGGUUCCUUAUGGUGAUCCAAAUGAACCACAUUACAGGAAGAAUGCUUUUGAUGCUGGUGAAGAUGGCCUGGGCAAGAAUGCUCAUUCUUUGAAAAAGGGUUGUGAUUGUUUAGGUUAUAUUAAAUAUUUUGAUGCCCAUUUUACGAACUUCACUGGAGGUGUUGAAACAAUUGAAAAUUGUGUCUGCUUGCACGAGGAAGACCAUGGGAUAUUAUGGAAGCACCAAGAUUGGCGAACUGGCUUAGCUGAAGUAAGAAGAUCUAGGAGGCUCACUGUAUCCUUUAUCUGCACGGUGGCCAAUUAUGAGUAUGGAUUCUACUGGCACUUUUACCAGGAUGGAAAAAUUGAGGCUGAGGUCAAACUUACUGGGAUUCUUAGUGUAGGAGCUCUUCUGCCUGGUGAAGUUCGGAAAUAUGGUACUACAAUUGCCCCUGGGUUGUAUGCCCCUGUACACCAACACUUCUUUGUUGCUCGUAUGGAUAUGGCUGUAGAUUGUAAGCCUGGUGAAGCUUUUAAUCAGGUUGUUGAGUUGAAUGUCAAGGUAGAGGAACCAGGUAAAAGUAAUGUUCAUAACAAUGCCUUUUAUGCUGAGGAGAAAGUACUUAAAUCUGAAUCACAAGCGAUGCGGGAUUGUAAUCCUUUGACUGCCCGCCAUUGGAUUGUUAGGAAUACAAGAACUGUUAAUCGUACAGGCCAACUGACCGGUUACAAGUUAAUGCCGGGGUCAAACUGUUUGCCAUUAGCUGGUUCUGAGGCAAAGUUUCUAAGGAGAGCAACCUUCUUGAAGCAUAACUUAUGGGUUACACCGUAUGCCAGAGAUGAGAUGUUUCCCGGUGGAGAAUUUCCAAAUCAAAAUCCUCGUGUUGGUGAAGGUCUUGCUACUUGGGUUAAACAAAACCGCCCGUUGGAAGAGGCUGAUAUAGUUCUUUGGUAUGUAUUUGGGUUGACACAUAUACCACGUUUGGAGGACUGGCCAGUCAUGCCAGUGGAACAUCUGGGUUUUAUGCUCAUGCCUCAUGGAUUCUUCAACUGUUCACCAGCGGUUGAUGUUCCACCCAACACUCACGAAUCCGAUGUCAAGGAAAAUAAUGGCGUGGUUGCUAAGCCUGUUCAAAAUGGGCUUAUUGCAAAACUCUGAGCAAACUUCCUCUUUGUAUUCUCACAUCACGUCAUUUUGACGAUUUGCUUCGAAUUUGUCUUAUUUUUCACUCAAAUUAUAUUUUUUAUGAAGAUGAGAUUUGAUUUCACGUUCUGUAUAUCAAUAUCGACAUAAAUUCCAUUAUUUGACUAUACCUCCUAAUGUUAUGUAAUCUCCUGUAUUAAUGGUUACGUACACGUUGUUGGUAAAUCAAUAAGUAUUGUGUUUUUUCAUGCA